ACCACAUGCACUGUACUCUGGACCUAUGAACUCAAACACAGCACAUACACACUCAAUACUUCAAACAUGGAAUGAACCAGCUUUAUUUGUGUGGAGACUGAAAACGUGGCCAGAGAGAUGAAUGAAGCAGACCUUCUCCCAGAGAUCCAGGCAGGAGAUGGGAGGACACUUUCCAAAGCAGAGUUUCUCUCCUUACUGAGAACCUAUAACUGCUUCCUUAAAGACCAGACUCAGCUGCACCUCUGUUAUUAUCAGGAUGGUGAUGGAGAGGUGGUGGUGGAAGGCUUUCUGAAUAUCUCCUGGGGAGUACGGAGGCUCAUCAGGCUCAAAAUACAAGAUGAUAAACAAAUGCUGCCCUUUGCUCCUUUGAUCUCCCCUGAUCCUGUCAGUCCAGUCAGCCCACUUGGAAAUAAGAGGGGCAUGACGCGAUGGGGGGAAUAUGUGGAUCUUCAUCAGAUAGAUGAAAUGUCUGAGACACCUCAGGAUAAAGUCAUCAGUAAUCCUCUGCCAGGCCCAGUUGUGUAUGAGACCAGGACUCUGCGACCUGUGAGGCAGAAGAGCCACGAGCUUGAAGCCGAGUCUAACCUGUUUCGCUGUAUGAGUGAUGCCUCAUUGGUCAAGAGGAGGAGGGGGAGGGGAAAGUCAGCAGCACAAAGAGAGAAAGAGAGACAACACCGUUUCUCUAUCAAUGGGCACUUCUACAACUAUAAGACCUCGGUCUUUACUCCAUCCUUUGGUACUCCAACUAAAGUUCGGAUCUCCAGCAGGAUGACCACUGACCAGGUCAUUGUACAGUUACUGAAUAAAUUCAAGAUCGAGAAUGAUCCUCAGGAGUUUGCUCUGUACUGCGUUCACCAGAGUGGAGAAAAAAGGAAGCUCAGUAACAAGGACCAGCCCCUAUGGGAGCGCAUUCUACAGGGGCCUUCUGAUGAUAUCAUGAGGAUCUUUUUAAUGGACAUGGAUGAGGAGGAAGUCAGUGAUGAUGUAGCGCAGUAUCUGAACUUAGAGCUUCCUAUCCUGGAGCAAGUUCUUCUUAAGCUCAGAGAGGAGGAGAACAGAGAGAUUCAAAGGGUCUUCAGCAAGUACCAGCAACAGCACAGACUUCUUCUACAUGUCUUGAACUGUAAGACUUCCACUCAUAUUGAGACCAGCGUCUGAUAACACAGGACCAGUCACCCAUCUCAGCACCAUGGUCAGGAGUGAAGAAAGGAUGUUGACAG